GCUGAGGUGGCCCAGACGCGGCGCCGUGGCUAAAAAGCGCAUUCGACAGCGCACGCAUGCAUAUUGCGUGAUUCGCGCGGGUUCUUGGACCCGCGCCUUACCCCCCUCCCUGGCGCGGCGGGCGCGUAGGGGGCGGCGCCGGAGGCGCCGCCGAUGGGGGCCCAGCCCUUUUGAAUCGCCUGGGUGCGCGUAGGAAGCCGCUGCGCGAGGCCUCCGGGGAGCCCGCCGAAAGGAGGGCGACAAAGAGGAGGAUGGGGAGGAGGAGGAGGAGGACGACAAACAAUGAGCGGAAAAAGAGGAGGAGGAGGAGAGCACCAAGGGUAUCGCCAGAGUUCGGUCCUCGACCUUCGAUCGUGCAACGCUGACUAUUCGUUCCCGCGGAGCAGCAGGCUGGCCAGGAGCGCGGCCGGCGCCAGGGUGCCUCGGGCAGCCCAGGCACGCGGGCACCAGCUCAGCGCCUCCGCACGUCGUUGGCGCGGGAGCGAGCUGGCCCCGCCAGGGGCGCGGAGAAACGUCACUGUUCCUAGGAAGGCAACCCAAACGUGGUCAGAGUACACGGUGCCGAGGGAUCGCGCCACAUCGCUGUACAUCUGGAGGGCAGGACAAAAAACACCGCAUAGUAAUCUUCGACGGAUUCCAGGUGGUCGUCUGCGUGAAAAGUGGAUGGCUGCAUGGCUGCAUUUGGCAAGCAGUUCAAGAUCGAACACCCGACAACUCGAGCGUUGCAGCGACUCGAGCUCUGCUGGGCAUGGCUCGGAGUGCGACUGGACCGAAAAGCACUCGGUUCAAGGACUAGCACUCACCUCGGUGCAAGCAAAAAUUACCAUCUACUGCGGCUCCACCCAGCAAGAAGCUGAGGAAACCAAUGCAUCUAGCUACUACUGAGGCUGGUCAGCCUCAGCCGACCACGCAGCCUGCCAUGGCUUCGGCGCUAUACUGCGCAGGAUCAUGAACCCCAGCGUCCUCGAAGAGCUUCUGCAACUGGCUCGCGAUCUUCUGGCCCGCGUCGCCGCCGGGCAUAGACCCGCUCUGGGCGCCGAAGAUCAGGAUGUUGGGAUCAUCCAUCGCCUUCUGGACCACUUCCGGGUCGUGGAAACCCCGCCACAUGGAGAGAGCUGGGUUGUGUUGGAACUCCCGGUGGAUGCAUUUCUCGUCCGUUUUUGUGGCGGCGUAGAGGUAAUACAGGGUGAACUCAGUAGCGCCGUACUUGAUGUGGCCACAGAGGGCGCCGUUGCACAGGGAGAGCGGGCUGGGGCUCUCGUGUAGGUCCUGCAGCAGGUUGAUCACCGUCUGGGUGUGCAUCACCACCGGCGUGAUUGACGCGGACCACUUCCUGCCCGGCGGGAUGUCGACACCGAGGACACCCGCUGAUUUGUAGUACCUGGAGAGAGGGCACGAACACAACACCGCUACACCCCAGACCUCUUCUGGGGCGCGUUCUGGCAACGAUGCCGAGGUGAAUCCAGCAGUGGCAACGAGGACCCCAGAGGAAGCCCCAGAAGGCGAAAACGAAGGAAUGAUGUCGGGUAUGAAUAUGAAUACGCGUCGUUCCUCCGGAUACCACCCUUUUGCGUCCGAGUUCAGAAGAUCGAAAUCCGUAUCCGCGAAGACUUUAGCCUGGUAGCAGGGCGUCAUGAAGGUGUCUGGCUCAAUGUCGCGGAUGAGCGCAUUCUUGGCGUCCAUCACCACGUAGUAAUCCUCCUCGACCAGGCCGGAGGCCUUCAGCUUCACUAUCUGCUGUGUGUGCCAGCCUUCCAUGCCAGCCCCGAACAUCCAGGACAUGUCGUGGAACCGUACAGUGUGCGACGCCGCAGCAGCAUUUCGGAUCGAAUCGAUGUCGCCCAUGUAGUCACUGGGGGGAUGCUUCGAGAGCCAGACAAGGUGCACAGUGCCGAUGAGCAGAUUUGGAUCGUGCUUCGUGAGGGACGCGGCAAGCAAUUUCAUCUUGCACAAGUCGCGCUCGUAGAACAAGAUCACCAUCGCCGGCGGCGCUGGGUUCGGAGGCGCGCACUUCGGGCAACCCCCGGAGCAGAUGGGGUUCAACACCGUGCCAUUUUCUCUGUACACCACUCCCGUACCCUGGUUGUCAGAGUUCGUGCCCAUCUUGAAAUGGGUGCG